GCAUGGGCGGGCGCGCGCGCGGCGGUGGCGCUGCUGCUGCUGCUGCUGCUACUAAUAUCCGCCUCCCUAAAAGCGAGGGUAGCGGCGCUAAGGGCGACCGGCCUCGGGCAGGGGAGAACCUCGGUUUGUUUUUUGCUCGGCAGCUUUUGAAGUCAACAAACACCCAGACCCCUACCGCGCCCACGGCAACGGGAAGCUCAUCAGUCUACUCAGCUCAUACCUGACAACUAUAUUAAAAAUGGCUGCUAGUAAGGCAAAAAGUCAAAGCUCUCUUGCCCUUCACAAAGUAAUCAUGGUUGGUAGUGGAGGCGUGGGCAAAUCAGCUCUUACACUUCAGUUUAUGUAUGAUGAGUUUGUUGAAGACUAUGAACCAACCAAGGCUGAUAGUUACAGAAAAAAAGUUGUUCUAGAUGGUGAAGAAGUUCAAAUAGAUAUUCUGGAUACAGCUGGGCAAGAAGAUUAUGCAGCUAUUCGAGACAACUAUUUCCGGAGUGGAGAAGGUUUUCUUUUAGUUUUCUCCAUAACUGAGCAUGAAUCCUUUACAGCCACAGCAGAAUUUAGAGAACAGAUUCUCCGUGUAAAAGCUGAAGAGGAUAAAAUACCGUUACUAGUAGUGGGAAACAAAUCAGACUUGGAGGACCGUCGACAAGUGCCUGUAGAAGCUGCUCGAAGUAAAGCAGACGAGUGGGGGGUGCAGUAUGUAGAGACAUCAGCAAAAACAAGAGCAAAUGUAGAUAAGGUAUUUUUUGAUUUGAUGCGAGAAAUUAGAUCCAAGAAAAUGUCAGACAAUAAAGAUAAGAAUGGCAAAAAAAGCAGCAAGAACAAGAAGAGUUUUAAAGAACGAUGUUGCUUAUUGUGAUCUUUAAGAGCUUCACUUAUAGGUGACAGUACUAACAAGACAUUUUACUACUAACAAUAGAGGACUGAAUUAAUAAGAAGAAAUCUGAAUUCAAUACAUUUUUCAACUCACAUUGAUAUAAGAAUAGAAGUUCAACAGAUCCGUGUAUAUCAAGAAGGAUGAUUCUUGAAAGCAGCUGUCACUGGUAAACAGUAAUGCAAGCAUUUUUUCCUUUUAUCAUAAGCAAUUUACCUGUUAGUCAUAUGGUGCACUCUGAAUUUACCUCCGAAUGCUGUUCCAAGGGCACUCCUCAACAACUCUUCACCAUCCUUUUUUGUUUAAAUGGCAAGUUUUCACUGAUGUUCCACCAAAGUUACCUGUUUUUUCUUUGUGUCUUCAUUUUGUGUGCUCUUAAAGGUUUAAGCCUUCGGUGAUUUUUUCUUUUUUAAAACACAAGUUGACAAAAUUGUAUAGUGCUGCUUAAAAUAAGUUACGGUGGUGUCAGUUUUGCUGUUUUGCCAACAUAUUAGAUGGACAGUGUAAGGCUUUAUCUUAAAAAAAAAAAAAAAAACCUGAGCAGUGAGUUAGAUUUCCAUAAUGACUGUAGUAAAUUUCAGAACAUUACUAAUUAUACUAUCUUAAAUUGCGAGUAAAUUAACUAGGCAUCUUGAGGCAGAGGAGUUUCUAAGCUUAACCUAAUUUUUCAGUACAUUUGUUGAGGUACUGAAAAAUUACAGUUCAGUACAUUUGUUGAGGAUUGUGGUAUUUGAAAUCCAAGAUGUAUGAAUGACAUCAAGCUAGAAUUUUUUGGUUUAUUCCAUUGAGUAAUUCUAUCCUUCCUCCCAAAGGCUUGGUUUCCUCCCAAAACGUGGACAUUUUUACUCAUGGUGUUGUGAUGGUUCGUGAUCAUGUAUUGAAGCCAUAGUGUUUGCUACAUUUGCUCUCAAUGUUUAACAGAAGAAGGGUAUUUUUUUUUAAUGUGAAAGUUCACAUUCUGUAGUUUCAUGAAUUGGAUACAGUCCUUGUUUUAAAAGUGGGUGGUUAAAAAAAAAAAGUUCACCAGUCCCUAUCCUGCACUUACUCCAUUUGAAUGAUAAAAAAAAAAAUAAGAAACUUGUACAGAAAAUAUUUCUAGCAGUUUGUUUGAACCAGAGAAACUUAAUGAUGCAUUACAGUUGGCUUUAUUUUCUUUCUCCCAUGAAAGUUGUUGGUAUCUGUCUAGGUGAUACCGUGUUUCCCACAAAAUAAGACCCUGUCUUAUAUUAUUUUGAACCCUGAAAUAAGUGGUUGGCCUUAUUGCUAUGCACUCAAAAGCCUGAUUGGGCUUAUUAUCAGGGGAUGUCUUAUUUGGGGGGAAACAGGGUACCAAGACAUGGAAUUCCACUCCUGAGCGAGCACUUCCUCCAUACUGUUUUCCACAUUAUGGAGCAGUGGUGACUAAGUUAAAAAGACGGAGAUGGACAAUCUUUUCAUAUAUCUAUAUCCAAAUUAAUAAUGAGUCACCAAAAAGUCCGACCCUUGCUUUCCUUAUACAAGAACUUUUUAUAGUUAUUCACUGGAUAAUGGGAUAAAGUUUGUAAAGACAGCUAAUUUUAUUCAGUUAACAUUUUUUUUCUUUUUGUCACUAUUUGAUCAUUAAUGGGGUAAAUAAAAAUGGCAUGAAGAAGUAUAUCAUUACACGUUUAAAAAUAGCUAUGGCCAAUUCAUUAAACCAUUCUUUCUGAAUUUGGUGCUGUUUUAAACUGUAAUUUUCUUCAUUUCCAAACAGGAUGUGAGAGGAACCCUCAAAAAGCACCAACCUGGAGAAAAUUCUGUUGAGCAGAUAUACUUUAUAUAAAUACUCUUAUCUGGUCAGUUGUAAAAAAUACUUUUUCAGAUUAUAGAGUACUUUCAAUAUUCCAAGAAUCAGCAUGCAUCAGGAUGCUUUGGAAGAUUUAGAAUAUCUAGCUUAGAUCUGGGCAUGCUUUAAGAGAGAGGGAGUUUUAAGAGUUGGGGUUAUGAUACCACAUAAAACCAAGUCACAUAAAUCAAUGAGCCAGCAUUCUGUCCCUUCACCUCAGUUUUUUUUUUUAAAAAAAACUUUUUAGAAUUGUUAUGUCUAUGUUGGAGUAUAUACACUGUUUUCAUUUAGUAUGUGGCAUGAAACUGCUUGGAUCAUUUUCAGCAAAGGUUCCGGAAGGCUCCAGAAAAGAGGCCUGUGCCACAUUUUAUAUGGUCCUAUAUCCAUGACUUGAAAAAGUGAUAAAACAGAAAGUGUUUCAGAAAUAAGCAACAUUGGAAAAUAGGGAAAUAAACAGGCAGCAGUAUGAAGAAGAAAAAGAAAAAUACAACCAUGUCUGGAUAUUUAAAAAGUUGAAGGUUAUGUCUGAGUAUAAAGAUUAGAUUUAUCAAUUAAGAUUAUUUGGGGGAAAAAAUCUGAUAAUGCUAAAAUAGGAAACCUAUAAAAAGUUUUAUUUACUUUAUAUUGGCAUAUUUACUUUAUAUUGGCAUAAUAAAACAGUGCUAAAUGAUGUAUGAAUGUAUAGGCUGAAGCAGAUAUCCAAUUCACAUAUUGUUACUGUGGGUUAGAGAAAGCAGGAUGUGACUAAAUAUGUUUAUGGGAUCUGGCAAGACAAAUAAAAUACCACAGAUUGCUCUUCUAACAAAGUAUGAACGCUGUUCAGUGUCAUCUAUCCUAAAUACAGAUGGAGAUGUCAUCAUUUUCAGAUAUGGAGCUUUCAAUAACAAAACAUUCUUUGGGGAUAUAGUUUUGACAGUUACAACAAUCUGAAACCUGUGGAUUUCAUCUUGAACAGGGAUGGGCAGCAUGGAACCUUCCAGAUACUGCUGAAUGUCAGCCCCAGUAAUCAUAGCAUAUGCUAGCUAACAGGAAGGGACACAGGUGUUGCAGAAUCCUCUUUGGAGGACCAAAAGUUGCCCAAACCCAAGGUAGAUGUUUUAUGUUGAUGAUACAUAAAAGCUUUCAGAAAUCAUGAAGGAAGGUAGAGCUUCACAACAAUCUCUGAAAUAGGUAAACAUAACUACAAUGAGAAACCUGAACAAAAAGAACCUUGGUAAUUUUAAAAAAAAAGAAGAAGCUGGGGAUUUAUGCAAUAAGAAAGCAAGCAAAAAAGAUAUACAUGUCUCUCCGGUUUCUAUAUGUAGAACAUAAUUUAAUAUUGCAAUUAAAUUACUGUAGAAGGAGCUACAGAAGUUUACUGGGGAAAAUAACUUGCAAAGAUUAAAAAGAAAAUGCUGUAGUAAUGCCUAAACUGUGCAAGUGGCUCAGAAUCACUUGUGUGAGAUGCAUGGCCAUAUAAAUUUAGGCAUACACAGAGAUUCAGGAUUUAGAAUGGAAUUUGAGGAAGGCUUUAGUUUUUGAAACAUCCAUAUGAGCUUCGCAGUUACAGAACUGUUGUAAAUCUUUGAGAUACUUCUUAAUAUACCUUGCAAACUGCUUCUUUUUCAUGCUUUGUAUAGCCUUAAUACUCUGAUUCACAGGUGUCAAAUUUGCCUCGUCACAUCACCAUCACAUGACAUUUUGCGAUGGUUUUUUUCCCUUUGCGGAGCUGGGGUAGGCGUGGCCUCUGUGUGACACACCCGGGCCAUCAGCUUGACACCCCUGCUCUAAUCCUUUAUUCAGUGGAAAUUUAUUCCGGUGUCGGAACUGCUUGCUGCCUAAAUUCAUUAAAUUAAACUUAUUCCCCUGUAAUGUCUGAAAAAUGAAGCAAUUGAUUUAGAAGUUGUUUACUUUAAAAGACAGUUUGUGAAAUCAGUAUUAUUUAACAUUGUUUAAGAAUUAAACCAUGAUUUUGCUUGGGUUCUUCAGUUGUUGAAUUAUAAUUCCCAGCAUCCCUCAUCCUUGCCUAUGCUGCUUUGGUUUGUUGCAAAUUCAGAUUCUGCAUUUCCUGGCAUAAUUGCUUGGCUGUUUAUACUGAAGUGUUUAAAUGAACUUCUAAUAGCAAGUGGUGCACAUUUUUCAGAGGAUUUGAAAUGUGAUAGCAUCAGUGACUGCAUAUUCACAACAAUUGGGGACAGUAAACAUAUAGGAAGAUGUCUCACAGUGACUCACAUCAUUGGAUCUAACUCAGUAUUAGUCCUACUCUGAUCAGUAGCAGUUGUCCAAAAUUCCUAAUUUUGACUUUUUUCAAUCUCGCUUGAAAUAAGUUAAGUUAUGAAAUUUGAUAUAUGUAAUUUGGUUUUUAUUAAGUAUACAAAUGAAUGUAUUUUUCUCCUCCUGAAUGCAUUUUUCUCCUGCCUAUAAACCAGCUGUUGGGAAUCUGAAUCUUUAGGAUCUUGAGAAGCAUAGGACCUAUUUCUAAACUUUAUCCAUUCUAGGAAUUAUAGGAGAUGCAGUUUACUCAUACUUGAAAAAUCACAAUCAUACAUGUUUGAGUUGUAUUUAUAAAAGCAUCUGUAGAAAUUGGAUUCUACAUGCGUGGGAAUUAAUAAACCAUAUAUGGUCCCACACACUCAUUUUUGCAUUUAACUAUUAUGUAGUUUGAGUUGAAUUUCUGUGCUUAUUUUAUAAAUAUCUUAUGGACCAACACUGGUCAGGCAAAAUAACAAAAAACAGGUUGUGAGCAUGAUACUCAUUCCAUAAAGUAGUUGAUCAAAACAUUUGGAAUAUUAAAAUUUAGUUAUAAUUAGGAAAUAAUUUUUAAAGACCCCAAAUUAUUUGUUCAGAAUUUUUGUAGGAGAGAGAACUCAAAAGUAUAUUUUCUUGUAAUAAAACAAACCCUGAGCUAUAUUAGAGGGAGAAAAACUAAUGGAUAGCUUACAAACUAACAUUAAUAACAGUAAUUUCUAGUGAAAACUCUGCUUCAUUUUAGAUCCACAAAAUAGGUUUGGAGACUAUAUAGCUGGUUGUGCAAAAUGGGAAAUGAACAGAAAUGAAAUUUGAACAAAAGAAUCUUUUUUAAUCGUUAGAUGUAAAAUAUUAAACCAAACCUGUUGAAAUUUAAUCCUCUAUAGUUUAUAUCUUUUCAAAAAUCGAAAUUACAAUUGUUUUCAUUCUCAAGCUGAUUCCUAUCAUUAAAAAGGAAAACAGCUAUUGUGAACAAAAUGUAACUUCUAUCAAAGCUCACAGAAAUAAUAUAAAAACAUUCUAUUAGAAUAUUGGAACAUUCAGACUCUUAAAUUCUAUAUAUACACCUUAUACUGACAUUUAUUAACUGAGCUAUAUAGAAUAUAAACUAUUUUUAUUACAAUCUUGCUCCUCCAAAAUACUUUCAAGUCUCUCCCUGCAACUCUUCUGGUUCACAGAUAUUAUUCUUUUCCAUGUUAUGUGAUGUAGCGCCACCAAUCAUGAUUACAUUAUGUAUAAAUGAAGUUACUCUGGUUUGUCUGCAAAUGAUGGUAAAGAAACCCUAUUGAUAUGAAGGUUACUUCAGUAUUAUUUAUGAAAUAUGAUGUUUUAAGUGUUUGAAUUAUCUUUUUUUCAACUUUUAAAUCAAACAGCAUUUAAAAAAUAAAUCCCUGAUGCACAGCUGGAAAAUGUACAUGUAUGGUUCCGUACGAGAAUGGAAUUGAAAUGAAAAGUGACAUAACAGCAUAAUAAAAUUCUAAUUUCUCCUCUGAGAA